GAUUUAAUGCCGCCUACACGUCUCCCUUCCCUCCCGAAAUCAAACUUACUUCUUACCCUAACAAACAAAACAAAAAAUAAAGAAUAAAAUUCCACCUAACCGUUACAUUUAAAGGCCUACAGGAAAAUGGAUUCAAACGAUAUUUACAAAGAUUUUCUAGCUCAGAUCAAUAAAAAUUUGUUGAAGGUCGAAGAAAUGACAGCAAAGGUGACACAACUCUAUAAUGAAGUUUCACUUAUGCUACUGGAAAUUGUGACGCUCUAUGAUCCUAAUGUCCUGAUCAAACUGGAAGAGCUUGAAGACGCUGGGGCAAAAUGCGAGGAAUACCUUGCACAAGGUCAGGAAAUAAAGAAACGUCUUGUGCAGUUCUCUGACCCCUUCCUGCCAAGGACUACAGCUGCCGACUAUGAAAAAUUGUUGGAGUCUGUUGGGUUCAAUUUGAAAAAGCUAACCAAUUAAGGCUGAUUUGACUUUACAUCUUUUUUGUAACGUUUUAUUAUAGUGUUAACAGUUUUAAUGUUUAUUCAAUACUAUUUCUAUUAUAUUAAUUGAACAAGUUUCAAUGUUCCUCUAGGUUAUCUAUUUUUUCUUUGUAUAAAGUAGUCAAUAUUCAAAAUAUUGGUUUAAUUAAUUGAAAUAAAAAGUUUCACAUAUUUUACGUGGGUUUCAUUUCAACAUUAAGGCAAGAUUGUUCAGUCAUUAAACCAAGAUGAAUCAAUUGUACAAACGGAAUUCCAUUUUAUUACUAAAAU